CCGCACACUUACCUAGGUCGCAUUCCAUAAACGCAAUGGAAUCUCCCCAGCAGCACGAUCACCUCUAUCGUCUAUCGACUGAGCUCAAAUGUUCCGUUGCUCGCUAUACUCCAUCUCUCGCCGAUAGAAAAGCGCUCUCACCCGUGAACAAGGCCCCCUCAAGUCGACGGGACGUGCUUGGUCUCGCUCCCCCCAGAUCGAACAUUGUCAAGCACGUCCGAAAGAUCCACAUACUAAGCUGGAGUGUUUACACCAAUAGAAGAGACCACCACGCCAUGCUGUUGACGGCUAUUCCACGUAAUCAACUCCGCGAACAGAGUUUUCUUCGACACGGAGAGGAUUAAGCUGAGUGCUCUUGUGUGCAUCGACCCUGACAAACUAGAGGGCGACGUUCUCGGGCCAAAUCCUGGCAUACCAUUUGAACCUAUCGAGUUCGAGAAGGCGCUUGAUGCCAUCACCUGUCUACAAACCUCCAGGCUCUCUGCUUUACGACCCC